AUGACCAUGCACCACCAGCUCAACGGGAGCUCCGGUUCAAACGGCGUCGUCAAGACUCGACGCUCGCACCGAAAAUCCCGGAACGGCUGCAGUGAGUGCAAGCGACGACACAUACGAUGCGACGAGCGCCGUCCAGCCUGCACCAACUGCACAAUUGCUGAGCGCGCAUGCUCGUUCCCUCCUGCUCGCCAGCCGCAGAGCCAACUCGAGCCCCUACCGCCGCCGCAGCUGCCGCACAGCCCGGCCGACUCGCAUCUGAGCCGCAAAUCUCAACAUUCGCCAUCGUCGUGCGAGCCGGACCACCCGGUUCCGUGGCCGCCAUGCGGUCCUGAUCCCUCGUCAACAUCUCCAGAGUCUGUACUCGGUGCUGGUCGCUACAGGUUCGCUCCGGCGCCGUCCGCCGGUCCUCAGACCUUGCCGUCCUUUACCGAAUCCUUCACCAACACCGCAUACCACCCGCCCGUUCCUCCGGCCUCUCUUUUUACAGUUGAGCAUCUCAUGCUCUUCCACCACUUGUCCGAUGCCAUGAACGAUUGCAUCUUGGCUCGCGGUCAGGUCAAGGUUGUGCUAGACGUCGCCAUCAGGCACCUGAUAGAUGCUCCCUACCUCAUUGACCAGCUGCUGGCUCUAUCGGCGCUGCAUGUGGCCUUCACCACCAAACCCGGGGAGAUGCCGUUGAAUGGUACAGUUGCAUCGUUCCGGAAUCAGGCCACCGAGCUGCAGACGCGCGCUCUGUCGUCCUUUACGCGCAUUACAGCCAUGGUCCCUGCCGACGAUACGGCUACCUGCGUCCCUCGAUUUCUUUUUGCCAGUCUGUUGAGCAACCAGGUCCUGGCCGAGACCCUGCUGCAGCAUCAGCAGCCACAGCCCCUUCCCUACCACCACGAUGUCAUGGGAGUCCAUGGCGGAGGGGGCGGAGGAGGUGUUAUUGGAGGUGGAGGUGCUAGUGGUGGCGCCAUCAGCUUCCAUGGCUUCAUUGAACGCAUGGUUGAGUGUAUCCAUCUUCAUCGGGGUGUUCUAGCCCAAGUCCGCCCAACUUGGGAUUACCUCAUGCAGUCCGAGCUGUACCCCCUACUUCACAUCACCCACGAUGCCAACAUCGCCGCGGUGACACUGAAAUCUGGCACAGAGUGCACUGCUCUCCGGCAAAUGAUAGAGGCUGCCGCCUCCCCGGUGUCCCGGUAUGGUGACGCCUCACCACCCCGCCUUGACCAAGCCAGCGCUGAUGCCUGCCGCGUGGCCAUUGACUCACUCCAGUGGGCGUUCGACAUGCAUCGAGCUCUGCCUGAAGCAGACAUCUCGCAUGCCCCGUCUGCCUUUAUCGUCACCCUCGAGGCGGAAUACGUGGACGUGUUACGAACACUGCUGCCUGAAGCCUUGGUGAUUCUAGCUUACUUGGGCGUGCUGAUCCAUCGGUGCCGACGCUUCUGGACGUUUGGCACCGCAGGCGCAAAUCUGAUCCGCGCUAUCGCGGGUUAUCUGGGAGGACAUUGGCACGAACCGCUGGCAUGGCCUCUCAAGGUGAUUGAGGAAGAGACUGACUAA